UUCUUUCUAGUAAAAAAAUUACAAGGAGAAAGGAGUUGUCGAGAGCUCUGAGAAAAUCCCCACAGCAAUAGCAAUAGCAAUAGCAAUGGCGGAUUACCAUUUCAUAUACAAGGAUCUGGAAGGAUCAUCCACGCAAUGGGACGAUAUUCAGACUAAACUAGGUAAUCUUCCCGCCAAACCGCCGCCGUUCAAGCCCGCCCCUUUCGCCCCCGCCGAGGACCAGGAUUCCAAGCCCAAAAACAAGGCCUGGAUCGACAACAAAACCGAGGAAGAGCUUGAAGAUCUCCAAGACGAUCUCGACGACGACCGUUUCCUCCAAGAUUACAGGAAGAAGAGGUUGACUGAGAUGAGAGAAGCAGUCAAGAUUGCAAAGUUCGGUUCAGUUAUUCCAAUUUCAGGAUCGGAUUUUGUGCGGGAAGUUUCACAAGCUCCACAGGAAGUUUGGGUUGUCGUGCUGCUGUAUAAAGAUGGAUUUCCAGAGUGCCGGCUGCUUUUGCAGUGUUUAGAAGAUUUGUCUAAAAGAUAUCCGGCUACCAAGUUUGUCAAAAUUAUAUCCACAGAAUGCAUUCCUAACUAUCCUGAUCGUAAUCUUCCCACUAUACUUGUGUACAAUAAUAGUGCAGUUAAGGCAACUCAUGUGGGAAUGCAUAGUUUUGGUCGAAGGUGCACUCCCGAAAGUGUAGGGUUAAUUCUAUGUCAAUCGGAUCCAGUGCUAAAUGAUGGGCAUGGUGGAGAGCAAUCAAGAGAAGCAGUUCUUGAUGGAGUGAGGAAGAAAUUUCUUGAGAGGGUUGUAAGAGAGCACGAAGAUGAUGACGAUGGCUCUUCAAGUGAUUGAUUGAUCCCUUCCUUUUAUGAACUUCACUGGCAAUGUGAAACCAAUGUAUUCGAGUGAUUGUACUAUUACUUUAUUUUUGGGGUCGAGCUGUUUUAUUUAUUUGAAUUCAAUGUCCCUGCCAGCAAUGCUGCGUUGCCGAUGUUUAUUCAUAUCUCGAUCUGAAAGUUGUUUUGAUCAAGUAUAUCUUACAGGGAGGAAAGAUAAUUAAGUUAUUAUAUAGAUUACUUGGACAAUAACAUAAAGCAUCUUCCCAGGAUUGUAUUAUUUCUUCCUGUUGUGAAAUGAGGAAACCACAUUAUCAG